AUGACCAUUGCCCUUCGCAAACUCGGCUACAACCCCUACCACGGUUCAGAAUGCUUCAAGAACCCACCGCAUGACUUCCAUCUCUGGAUCGAAGCAAUGGAGUGCAAUUUCCUGGAUGGUCAAAAGUCCCGAUACUAUACCGAGGAAUUCGACCGUAUGAUCGGGUCUUACGAUGCCAUCCUAGAUAUUCCGGCAUGCAUAUUCUGGGAAGAUCUAUGCCGCUCCUACCCAGAUGCCAAAAUCAUUCUGACGACCCGAGAUGUGGAUUCGUGGUAUAUAUCGGCUAAUGCGACAGUCUUCAAAUUCAUGCGAGUCCCCUUCUUCCGUUUCUGGCAUCACAUGGACUCGACGGUUCUAGGGCCUUUGUUCCGACAAUCUGAGCUUGUGUGGAAGAUCUUUUGCAAUAACAACUAUGAAGAGGCCGUUGUUAAGAAGGCAUACUUGGAACACUAUGACCGGAUACGCGCGGCUAUUCCAAAGGAUAGACUGUUAGAGUUCGAAACUGGGAAGAGCGGGUGGAAAGAGCUUUGUGAAUUUCUCGAGGAGCCUGUCCCCGAUACGCCUUGGCCUAAUGCUUACCCGACCAUCGAGUUUCAGCACCAUAUGGAUGCAGCGAUGACGGAUGCGAUUCGCACGAUUCUGAGGUGGAUAGCGGUAGGUCUCGUCUUGGGCAUUGGGGCAAUGUAUCUGCACCGAAACUGGCCAGUGACGGUGCGCUGA